AUGGGCGAGUGGACCAUUUUGGAGAGGCUGCUGGAGGCGGCUGUCCAGCAGCACUCUACCAUGAUAGGACGGAUCCUGCUGACAGUGGUGGUGAUUUUCCGAAUCCUAAUAGUCGGCAUUGUGGGGGAGAAAGUAUAUGAGGACGAGCAGAUCAUGUUCAUCUGUAACACCAUGCAGCCUGGCUGCAACCAGGCCUGUUAUGACAAGGCAUUCCCCAUCUCACACAUCCGCUACUGGGUCUUCCAGAUCAUCUUGGUGUGCACGCCCAGCCUGUGCUUCAUCACAUACUCUGUUCACCAGUCUGCCAAACAGCGUGACCGCAGCUACUCCUUCCUGCAUCCCUACAUGGAUCACCACGGUCACGGUCACCACGGUCGCCAUGACCAUCAUGCUCGCAAACUCCGUAACAUCAACGGCAUCCUGGUGCAAAACCCUGACAGCAGUAAGGAGGAUCAUGACUGCCUGGAGGUCAAGGAAAUCCCAAAUGCGCCCCGGGGCCUCACACACACCAAGAGUGCUAAAGUGCGGCGGCAGGAAGGCAUCUCCCGCUUCUAUGUCAUCCAGGUUGUGUUCCGCAACGCGCUGGAGAUCGGCUUCUUGGCCGGCCAGUACUUCCUGUAUGGCUUCAACGUGCCAGGGAUGUUUGAGUGUGAUCGCUACCCCUGCGUGAAGGAGGUGGAGUGCUACGUGUCUCGGCCUACAGAGAAGACUGUGUUUCUGGUCUUUAUGUUUGCCGUAAGUGGCAUCUGUGUGCUGCUCAACCUGGCUGAGCUCAACCACCUUGGCUGGAGGAAGAUAAAGACGGCCAUCCGAGGGGUGCAGGCCCGUAGGAAGUCCAUCUGCGAAGUGCGCAAGAAGGAUGUGUCACACCUGUCCCAGGCCCCCAACCUGGGCAGGACCCAGUCUAGCGAGUCAGCUUACGUCUGACAGAGGCUCCUCAGCCUGGGGGCUCCUGGACCUUUUGAUCGUUGGAGAAGAGCUUUUCCCUGGCCCAGAACCCUCUAUCGUUAGGGCACGAACAAAAACUCACCACUACAAUGUUAUUCAGGAGUAUAGUGAGACUCUAUGUAGUCAUGAUGAAGCAUCAAUUCACAAAUUUGUGUUUCUGACUCUUCAAGAAAGUAGAAUAACCUUCCUAAAGAGGCAAAUGUGUUGCUGUAACAAAAUGUAAAUCAAAGCUCUGACAGGGAGUUCUGCUCUGCCUAGGUGACACUAGGUGCCUUCAAAGAGAAAACAACACACAGACAAAAUUGAGUCAUUAUGAAUAAUAUUGAAUAUCGUAAAGAUAGUUCUGAGGUUGAAGUACCUGAAGUCUUUUAUCAUUUGCCUUUGCUGUAGGUCAAAAGUAAUCCCUUCAUUUCCAAGUAUGUGUGCAUAUGCAAGAGCUUAAGCGUGUGCAUGCAUGCGCAUGUGUGUGUGGGAAAAUAAGCCUGACCUCAGUCAGACAAUGGAAUGCUAAGCUAAUUUGAGCAGCUGAGGGAAUGAAAACUUUAUUUCUGAUUGUUUGUUCAUACUCUGAGUAAAUUCACUCAAAGGGCAAACAAAGGACAAGCACCUUUUUUAAUCACCCUCUAAGAAACUUGAGUAGUUAAAAACAAAACAAAACGAAACAAAAAACAAACUAAGACAGCACUAAAACAAUACAUCUGCAUAAACUGGACCUCUUAUUUGCUGUCUAUGUGCCAGACGUUCCUGAAAAAUUUCACUUAUCCAAACAUUCUUUGCUGCAUUAGGCGGCGAUCAGACGGGAGACUUUGAAAAUUCAAAGUGUGGGUUGCCCCUGAGCAAGUUGCUAGCAAGUUGGCAACCCAUCCAUUGUUGUUACGCUACCAUAGAAAACCCAGUCAAAGUGAGACACAUUGUGUGUUGAAGAUGAGUUAGGUUCACGUUCAAACACUGUGUUACGCACCACAACACUCCCAGUGCCUGCGAGGCAUGCUGUUUACUUUCUUAAUCCACUGAAACACUGCAGAAAUGUGUGCUAAUGUUUCCACUUUGGCUUGUCAGUGUGAUCGCCGUCUAAUGGGGUGAAUGGGAUUUCGUAAAGAUGUUUUCCUUUUUUUCCAUUCAACAGGAAAGAGUAUUAUAUUCACAAAUAUUUUCAUGUGUUAUCACAAGCUUUUUUUCUUCACAAGCAAAUCUGCUGCCAUAUUUCAAAGUUACUGUACAUAGAUGACAUGUAAUAACUACACUUAGCCUUUUCCCUAUGCGAUAUAGGCGGGUUUUACAUGGAGGGGGGACGGGGGUUUGGGUGGUGAUGAAGAGUAAUCAUAGAUUGCCAGCUUUAACAAUAUGUAUUAUUAAUGUGCUAUUUGUUAAGCCUUUGUCCUCUAAUGGAGAAUAUAUGUUCCAAAAAGUGUUUUUCCCCUUAUGGACUUUGAAAAUGGCAUGUUACUGAAGCAUUAAUAGAAUGGAUAGAUUAUGAAAUGUAACUUAAAAAAAAGAGACUUUUAUUUAUUUGCAUCCUGCUCCUGUGAAAUGUAAUACUCAGCAUGCAUAAAGAUGAAAAAUGAUAUAUGAGAUAUGAACAAAGCAGCCUGUUGUGGGAAUACGGGGAGUGAAUACCUGAAAGGCUCCAGAACUGCAGCAAUAAUAAUAUCUAUGUGAAAGAAG